AUGGAAAAAAUGAUUGAAGGUCAAGCACUUUGGAUGGGUGACCUCAAUGCCACUGUCCAGCACAUCUUUGGAGAACGUAAAGCUAGCAAAAUUACUGAGCUCACAAAAUCCAACUUCGAUACUGUGUCAUACCGUGUUUCUUUGCUGGAAAUAGAGUCAUCUUUGGCAAUCAACAAGUUUGCAGCAUUUGAAUCAAGGAAGUCAAUGGUGAAGGAAAUUAUGAAGGCUCUAGACGAUGAUAACAUCAAUGUGAUCGGGGGAUGUGGGAUGGGAGGAGUUGGUAAGACAACUAUAGUCAAAAAAGUUUGCAGACAAGCUAAAGCAGAGAAGAAAUUCGAUAUGUUUGCAAUGGUGGUCAUGUCACAGACUCCGAAACUUGAACUGAUUGAGAAGGUCGGUAUUCCUUUUGGGGAAGAUCAUAAGGGUUGCAAGAUCUUGCUCACCUCUCGAAGCAAAGAUGUCUGCAACAAAAUGGAUGCUCAAAAGAUUUUGCCCAUAGAAGUGUUAGAUGAACGAGAAGCAUGGAUACUUUUCAGAGGGACAGCAGGUGAAAUCGUUGACUCUAAGGAUUUGAAUGCUAUCGCGAGAGAGGUGUGGAGGGAAUGUGGUGGCCUGCCAAUUGCCAUUGUAACAGUUGGAAGAGCUCUCAUGAAAAAUCCAAGCAAGGACGUGUGGAUUGAUGCAGCUCGACAGCUACAAAAUCCUGUUCGAACAAAAAUCAAAGGCAUGGAAUCAUAUGUAUAUUCUUCUCUCGAGUUGAGUUACAAUUAUUUAGAAAGUGAGGAAAAGCCAUGCUUCUUACUCUGCAGUUUGUUUCCAAAGGACAAUGACAUUCCCAAGGAAGCCUUGGUGAGAUACGGAAUAGGCCUUGGGUUGUUUCAAGAAGUGGACACAACAGAAGAUGCUGGACAUAGAGCACUUGCUAUUGUGAGUACUCUCGUGUCAUCUUUUAUGUUAUUGGAAGUGUAUGGAAAAAUUAAGAUGCAUGAUGUUGUUCGAUACUUUGCAAUACAUAUUGCUUGUAAAGAAGAGAACAAGCAUAUCGUGAAAGCUGGUAUUGGACUAACAGACUGGCCAGACAACCAUACGACAUUUCAAAAUUACACGGGGAUCUCGUUCAUGGAUAAUCAUAUUUGUGAGCUUCCAAGUGGACUAGAAUUCUCAAAACUGGAGAUUUUAUUGCUACAAUGGAAUUCACGAAGAUUUGAAAUAAUGCAAAUUCCUAACAAUUUCUCUGAAGGAAUGAAAGAUCUUAAAGUCUUAGAUAUGAGUAGCAAUAGUAUGCUUUCUUUGCCUCCAUCCAUUCAAUUGCUCACUACACUUUGA